UCGGAUCGGAUGGUGUUGCGAAAACCGGAAGUGGAGUAAUUUGUAGCAGGAUUUUUUGUUGUUGCUGUUGCGUGAAACAGGAUUUAUCCGGUGUUGGUCAAGGAAGUGAAGCAAAAAACUAAGGAUUCCAACCAUGAAGCUUGAUGAGUUGAAUUUCAAGAAAAUUGCCAUCAUUUGUGGCUGUACGCUGGUGGGAGGGCUCACCUUCAGCUUCGGACUGUUUCCGAUGAUCCUGAAGUUUAUGCUGAAGCAGAAUGUGCUGCUCAAACCGGGCACCCAGAUGCGCUGGAUGUUCGAGAAGAUGCCCUUCCCGCUGGACUUCAAGAUCCACCUGUUCAACGUGACCAAUCCGGACGAGGUCAUGAAGGGCGGCAAGCCCAAGAUCCGGGACGUGGGACCGUACUACUUUGAAGAAUGGAAGGAAAAGUUCGACACCGAGGACGACCUGGAGGAGGACACGCUGAGCUUCACGCUGCGCAACACGUGGAUCUUCCGGCCGGACAUAUCGGCACCGUUGACCGGCGACGAGAUGAUUACGGUGCCCCACCUGCUGGUGCUGGGAGUGUUUCUGUCGGUGCAGCGCGAUCGCGAAGAGAUGAUGCCGCUGAUUUCGUCCGGGAUGAAGAUCAUUUUUGACCCGCUGGAUUCGGCGUUCAUGACGGUGCGCGUGAUGGACCUGCUGUUUGACGGCAUCCCGGUGGACUGCGGCAGCGAGGAGUUUGCGGCCAAGGCCGUCUGCUCGGGGAUGGAAUCGGAGGGCGCGGUGGCACCGCUGAACGAGACGCACGUCAAGUUUUCGAUGUUUGGAAUGCGCAACGCAACGGAUGCAGGUCGUUGGGUUGUGUACCGUGGCGUCAAGAACAUCGGGGAUCUGGGUCGGAUCGUGAGCUACAACGGCGAACCCGAGAUGGACAUUUACGAUGGGGACGAGUGCAACCAGUACAUCGGUACGGAUUCUACCAUUUUCCCACCAUUUCUAACGAAACAAGACCGUCUAUGGGCGUGGGCUCCAGAAAUCUGUCGAUCGUUGGGUGCUCACUACAUCGGCAAGUCCAAAUACGCCGGAAUGCCGAUGAGCUUGUUCAAGCUGGACUUUGGAGAUUUGAAGAACGAACCGGAAAAUCACUGCUUCUGUCGCGAUCCACCGGAGGAUUGUCCUCCGAAGGGAACCAUGGACCUGAGCAUGUGCAUAGGAGUUCCCAUUCUGGGCUCCAAACCGCACCUUCUGGAUGCCGAUCCAAAGCUGCUGGAGGGGGUCGAUGGGCUGGAACCGAACGAGGCCGAGCAUGACGUGUUCAUUCACUUUGAAUUGCAUUCGGGAACUCCGGUUUCGGGCGCUAAAAAGUUGCAGCUAAAUUUGGAGGUGGAACCCAUUCGGGACCACGAGGUUCUGGGCAAUCUACCGACGGUGGUGCUGCCGAUGAUUUGGGUCCAGGAAGGGGUCUCCCUGAACAAAACUUGGACUAACCAGCUGAAGUAUCAACUGUUUUUAGGUCUCAAGUUCAACGCCACCGUCAAGUGGAUGACCAUCAUCAUCGGAACGCUAGGUUCGAUCGGAGCUGGGUUCAUGCACUAUAAGCGAACGUCCCAGGUCACUCAGGUUGAGCAGGUCGCCAAGAGCGAAGGAGGAGGGCGGUUCAUCUCUGUUAGUGCGGCCACCACCGAGGAGGGUAAAAAUGGGGGCGGUAAUCUACCGGCGGUUCUCGACGGGCUUGACCCCUCGGGGAUCUCAAAAGGAAUGGGGGAUCCGGCGCAAAAGGAGCGAUACUGAGCGAUGCUAGUGCUACAGAAAAAUAUAUCUUCACUUGUGUCCCAUCUUGUGAAACGUCUGCUGCAAAAAAU